AUGGGAAGCAGCGGGGAUCUGGGAAGUCCAGGGAGGCUCCCGUGCGGGCCAGGCAGCGUGCGAGAGCGGCUGGUGCUAUCUCGCUCCCUCAGGCUCAGCGAGCGCUCCGGCGGGCCGCCGGCGGCAGCGGCUCUCGGGGCAGCUGGUGGGGGCAGCGGCCAGCGCCUGUGGCGGGCGGUGUGCAAACGCGCAUCAGCUCAGCUCUCUGGCACUUCAGGGCUCUUGGGGGGCUCCAAUUGCAGCUCCGUGGGGCGCGCUCAUCACUUGUUUUCUCGCAGAUGUUCAAGGAAAAGGGCGUUUCAGAUUGCCAAGUCCUUUCUGCCCAUCCUGGAGUGGCUGCCCAACUACCGGGUGAAAGAGUGGCUGAUCAGCGACAUCAUCUCGGGGCUCAGCACCGGCCUCGUCGCCACCCUGCAAGGUUUGGCAUAUGCUUUGCUGGUUGCAGUCCCUGUUGGAUAUGGUCUCUAUUCUGCUUUUUUCCCCAUCCUGACAUACUUUUUCCUGGGAACAUCAAGGCACAUCUCAGUUGGUCCCUUCCCAGUAGUCAGUUUGAUGGUGGGAUCUGUUGUACUGAGCAUGGCCCCUGAUGAGAAUUUUCUCAUAGAAGGCAGUAAUGCUACCGGAAUUAAUGGCACUGGGGCACUGAUAGACACUGAAUCCAGAGAUGCAGAGAGAGUGCUGAUUGCUAGUACUCUCACAUUCCUGGUCGGAAUUUUACAGGUUAUAUUUGGAGUUCUCCAGAUUGGUUUCAUUGUGAGGUACCUUGCAGAUCCACUAGUUGGGGGAUUCACAACUGCAGCUGCUUUUCAAGUGCUUGUGUCACAACUGAAAAUAGUUCUGAAUGUUUCAACUAAAAAUUAUAAUGGUGUCCUUUCCAUAAUAUAUACUCUUGUUGAAACAUUUGAAAAAAUUGGUACCACCAACAUUGCAGAUCUUAUUGCUGGACUUCUCACCAUUUUUGUCUGCAUGGUAGUUAAAGAAAUAAACGAUCGGUUCAAACACAAGAUACCUAUACCUAUACCAAUAGAAGUUAUUGUGACAAUAGUAGCCACUGGCAUUUCAUAUGCUGCUGACUUGGAAAAAAAAUACAAUGCAGGCAUUGUUAAGAGCAUUCCAAGAGGAUUUUUGCCUCCCGCACCUCCAAAUGUCAGCCUGUUUUCCCAGAUGAUUGCAGCCUCCUUUUCCAUUGCUAUUGUUGCUUAUGCUAUUGCCGUGUCUGUGGGGAAGGUAUAUGCAACCAAGUAUGACUAUGCUAUUGAUGGAAACCAGGAAUUUAUUGCCUUUGGGCUCAGCAACAUUUUUUCAGGUGCCUUUUCUUGUUUUGUUGCAACUACUGCUCUUUCACGGACUGCAGUCCAAGAAAGUACUGGUGGAAAGACUCAGGUUGCUGGUAUAAUCUCAGCUGGGAUCGUUUUGAUUUCUAUUGUUGCCCUGGGGAAAUUGCUAGAGCCCUUACAAAAGUCUGUGUUGGCAGCUGUAGUCAUAGCUAACUUGAAAGGGAUGUUCAUGCAAGUGUUUGAUGUUCCCCGUCUAUGGAGGCAGAAUAAAGUGGAUGCUAUGAUCUGGGUUUUUACAUGUAUAGCAUCCAUCAUUCUGGGACUUGAUCUGGGAUUACUUGCUGGCCUUUUGUUUGGAUUGCUGACAGUUGUGCUGAGAGUUCAGUUUCCAUCAUGGGGAGGCUUUGGAAAUAUUCCUGGCACAGACAUCUACAAGAAGGUCAAGGACUACAAAAAUGUUAUAGAACCGGAAGGUGUGAAGAUCCUCAAGUUUUCAAGUCCAAUUUUUUAUGCUAACAUUGAUGGACUGAAAAGUAGCCUCAAAUCCACGGUGGGAUUUGAUGCAGUCAAGGUAUAUAAUAAGAGACUCAAAGCACUGAGGAAAAUACAAAAGCUAAUCAAGAAGGGAAAAUUAAAAGCUACUAAGAAUGGCAUCAUCAGUGAGCCUGGUAUUAAUAAUGAAGCUUUUGAGACUGAUGAGGAACCUGAAGACAACCAGGAUCUUCAAGUUCCCACCAAAGAAGUGGAGAUCCAGGUGGACUGGAAUUCAGAACUCCCAGUCAAAGUAAACAUCCCCAAGGUGCCCAUUCACAGUCUCAUUCUUGAUUUUGGAGCAGUAACCUUCUUGGAUAUUGUUGCUGUGAGAUCAAUAAAAACGAUAAUUAAAGAGUUUGAGAGAAUUGAUGUGAGAGUAUAUUUUGCUUCAUAUCAAGACAACCUUAUAUCUCAGCUGGAACGGGGUGCCUUCUUUGAUGACACUGUCAGAAAAGACAUAUUUUUCUUGACUGUCCACGAUGCCGUGCUCUACAUAAGGAAUCAAAUGACAUACAGUGACAACCAGGAUCCCAUAUUUGAGAAGAUUUCGCUCAUGCAGGAGUCUAAAGAGCCCAUAGAGUUCACAGAAGCCAGCCAGCCUGAUGAUGAGCUUGAUGUACAGGAAGAGGCUAUGCGCCGACUUGCUUCCUGAAGGACUGCUGGUACUGUCCUGCCUGUGAGCACACAGCAAUGUUCGUGCACCAGUACUAUCUAUACCAGCAUUUUCUGCUAUGAAACCAAUCUUUGCACUUUGCAAAACCCUGAUUUGUCUGAAUGACACAGAUCUCUGUAACUCUCAAGAUUUUAGCUAACCUUAUCCCAGAAGUAUUCUGGACCUUGAUUCUGCAAGCACUUUCUGCUAUGAUAUAUAUUAAUAAAAAAGAAAAUCAGAAGACUAUUGUGAAAGAUGUACUCAGUUUUGGGACUAGUCAGGCAGAAGUUGCACUACACUUUUAUCAGCGUGUACAGGAUGAAAAGCUGCUCUGUGGCCUGCCCAGGAGAGUGGAAGAGACAAAAAUCUUUGGAUGGCAAGCCUUUUGUUCAGUAUUUGUAUAAAGACUAGUGAAAGGGCAGGAAUUCUAGCUGGCCAAGGGUUUGAAUUGUAAAACAUUAGUGAGAGAAUAUGAGCUGACAAGCCUUGAAAAAUGUAUCAUGAUAAUUUUUUUCAAGCAGUUCCUUAAAUUGCUGCAGGUAGUUAGAUCACUGAAAGAGGUGACAGGUGAAACUGUCACAUGAACAGGAAAUAGCACUGAACUAUGGCAAUACUUCAAAUAGGAAACGUUUCUAAAGACCCUUGGAUAUGGGUUCAUAAGUUCUGUAUUAAUCCCAUUGUAGCAAGUCUUGCACUACUAUUAAUGAUUGUCCCUUAAUUGAAGGACAAACAGAUUAUUUUGGCUAGGUUAUGUAAUCUUCAUCAAGAGGCAGAUCAUGACAUAAAUUAAGGAAAACCUUAGUCCCUGGAUACUUAAUGAAAUCUGUAAAACAGGCUGAUACUGAGUGCAAGCAAGAAAGUCAGAAUGUAUUGAAAUUUGUUUUUUUUUUUAA